AUGUCCGUUAACGGUGACAUGACGUCAUCUUUACGCUUGACGUCACGCUUGCGAAGAUGGCGGCGUCUGUGCGGCAGGAGCUCGCGUCUCUGGUGUCGUCGAGCGGCUCCCACAAGGACUUGGCGGGGAGGUACCGCCAGGUGCUUGAACGAGCCGUGGCCGCCCCGGGCUCCGAGGACCAGGCCGAGGGCCUGAAGGCGUUUGUGGAGGCGAUGGUGAACGAGAACGUGAGCCUGGUGAUAUCGCGCCAGCUGCUCUCCGACUUCACGGGCCACCUGGCGCGCCUGCCGGACCCCGUCUCCAAGGAGGUGUCCCACCACGCCCUCGACAAGAUCCAGCCGCGUGUCAUCAGCUUCGAGGAGCAGGUCGCCAGCAUCCGGCAACACGUGGCCAGCAUCUACGAGCGCGAGCAGGACUGGCGCAAUGCGGCGCAGGUGCUGGUGGGGAUCCCGCUGGAGACCGGGCAGAAGCACUACAGCACCGACUACAAGCUGGAGACGUACCUGAAGAUUGCACGCCUCUACCUGGAGGACGAUGACCCCGUGCAGGCCGAGGCCUUCAUCAAUCGUGCGUCGCUGCUGCAGAACGAGUCGGCCAGCCCCCUGCUGCAGAUCCACUACAAGGUCUGCUAUGCCCGUGUGCUGGACUACAGGCGCAAGUUUAUUGAGGCUGCGCAGCGCUACAACGAGCUCUCCUACAAGCCCCUUGUGGCGGAGGAGGAGCGUCUGCAGGCCCUCAAGCAUGCACUGCACUGCACCAUCUUGGCUUCCGCUGGACAGCAGCGGUCACGCAUGCUCGCCACGCUGUUUAAAGACGAGCGGUGCCAGCAGCUGGCAGCCCACGGCAUACUGGAGAAGAUGUACCUUGACCGGAUCAUCCGCAGCGGGCAGCUGCACGAGUUCUCAGCCGAACUCGCCCCGCACCAGAAGGCCACCACAGCAGACGGCUCCAGCAUCCUGGACCGUGCAGUUAUAGAGCACAAUCUGCUGUCGGCCAGCAAGCUGUACAACAAUAUCACGUUCUCGGAGCUGGGCGCCCUGCUGGAGAUCCCGCCCGAGAAGGCGGAGAAGAUCGCGUCACAGAUGAUCACCGAGGGCCGCAUGGCCGGCGUCGUGGACCAGAUCGACGGCAUCGUGCACUUCGAGUCGCGGGAGCCCCUGCCCACGUGGGACAAGCAAAUCCAAUCCCUGUGCUUCCAGGUGAACACGCUGCUGGAGAAGAUCACGCAGCACGCCCCCGAGUGGACGGCGCGUGCCAUGGAGACAGAGAUGGCGCAGUGAUGUGUGCUGGCGGCGCUCCCUACGCUGGGGAGGGUGGACACGAGGCUCGCUUGGUGGGGCCCCUGAGAGCGCCACCUUCAUGACCCGCACUCUGUCAUCUGACAGCACUGAAAGACUCGUCGCUUUCACUCUCCACACCACGUUUAGGUUUCUGUAGCUGUUUAGUUGAACCUGGCUGGUGAUGUUUCAGCAGAAGUGCCCAACUUGCAGUAAGAAUGUUUGGGAGGUCAAAGUUUAGGAGUCAACUCAGCCCAUCAUCUCUCCGUGGAUGAUUAAAUGAGUACCGCAGUUCUAUGGAUAGAUUGACCCUGCCAUAGAAAUGUGGAAUUCUACCACUGCCUCAUGAUUUAAAUGAGUGCCACAUAAAACUUGGUUAACCUUCAACGUUUGAGCCAGAGUUAUUAUUUAAUGGAGCCAAAAACGAUGAUGUCCUGGAAUAAAUAACUCAAGUGGGCUCCCCUGACCCUUGACCUGGGAUGCGCUGUUUAUAUGCGGUAUUUAUUUUUGAGGCACAAGUGAAUCUGGUUGGUCUGGUGGUGUUCACAUGGUCUUUACUUACACAGGUCUUGUUGUAUUGCCAAUUUGUGUUGAAGCAGAUGGCACACUUAUUACCAAGCACCCACCUGUCUCACAAAGGUUGCAUCUUCUGUAAAAUUAUACAUUCGCAAGUUGCUUUUAUUAAAAUGAGUUACCCAGUC